AUGUUGAUUGAUACUGGGUCUGCUGUUUCUUUAAUAUCAAAAGAAGUUUUAGAUAAUUUUGAUCUAUGUGAUCAAUUUUUACAAAGGGUGUCAACUGAGUUAAAAACAGCUGAUGGAGAACCGUUACAGGUCUAUGGUCAAACUGAAAUUACAUUUAUUUUGGGUGGUAGAGAAUUCAGUAUACCUGUAAUAGUGGCAGAGCUAGGUGACCUUUCAGGAAUUUUAGGUUUAGACUUUUUGUCAGAAAAUGAGGUUAUAUUUGACCUUAAAAAGGGUGUAUUGAAUUUUCCUGAAUUUAAAGUCCAGUUAGAGAGUGAGGAUAAUUUAUCCUGUGCACGAGUAUCUCUCGAUGACGAUACAGUCAUAUCAGGUUCUACAGAGACUUUUGUAAAGUGUAAUUUAGGAAACUCACGUUUUAGAUGUUUAGAGGGUAUAGUGGAACCUCAUUUUGAUAAGGGUCUAGAUCAGAAUAUCUUGAUUCCUAAGUCACUGGUAAAUGUCAAAGAGGGAAACAUUCUAUUUUCAGUUCUAAAUCCUAACCCAGAACCCGUGCAAAUAAAGAAAAACACGCAAGUUGCGACAAUCCAAAGCAUUAUGAAUGCUACUGAUUUGGUUAAUAAGAACAAAAAUUUUACGCAUACUGACGUUGACGUUACAGAAACUAAAUGCUUGCCAGAUCAUCUAAAAAUAAUGAUGGAAAACGUUUCGUGUAACAUUACAGAAACCGAGAAAAGUGAGUUGUCUUCGGUUUUGAGCCGAUAUGAAGACAUAUUUGUGGGUUUAGAUGGUAAACUAGGGCGUACAAACAAGGUUGAACACACUAUAAAUACGGGAGAAAGUAAACCUAUAAAAUUACCCCCCAGACGAUUACCACUAGCCCAAAAAGAAAUCGCAGAAAAGGAAAUUAAAAAUAUGUUAGACCAAGAUAUAAUCGAGACUAGCAGUUCUCCAUGGGCCUCUCCAAUUGUUUUAGUUCAAAAGAAAGAUGGUAGCACGCGUUUCUGCGUCGACUAA